CUUCCUGUCAUUACUUUUCCACCAUGAAUUCCGACACGGCUCUACUUUUAGAAACCGUUCACUUCGCGGCGGAGAAACAUCGCAGCCAACGGCGGAAAGACCCCGAAGCGACGCCGUACAUUAACCACCCCAUCGGAGUGGCCAGAGUCCUGACUCAUGAAGGCGGCAUCACGGACAUAGAGGUCCUGCAGGCCGCUCUGCUGCACGACACCGUGGAGGACACCGACACCUCGCUCGCCGAGCUGGAGGCCAAGUUCGGGCCCAUCGUGGCCCGGAUCGUGGAGGAGGUGACGGACGACAAGAGCCUGUCGAAAGAGGAGAGGAAGCAGCAGCAGGUGGAGCACGCGGCGCAUUGCAGCCGCCAAGCCAAACUGGUCAAACUGGCUGACAAGCUGUACAACCUGAGGGAUUUGAACCGCUGCACGCCGAAGGGUUGGACAGCCGAGCGCGUGCAGGAGUAUUUCGUCUGGGCCCGUGAGGUACUGAGAGGCCUGAAAGGAACCAACUCGGCUCUGGAGGAGAAGCUGGAGGAGCUGUUCAGGCAGAGAGGGAUCCAGCUCUGACGACGCAGGGGAGAGUGGACCGGUCCAGUUACAAAGAAUAUUUCUAUAAAUAAACCCCAAAACACUAUCAUUA